CACGUAUUUCUUGACUCCAGUACAUCGCAAUCGUUCAUAAUGAAAGUGCGUACCGUAAUUUCAGUGAUAUUAUUAAUAGUGCCGAAUGCCAUAGGGCAACUGUGCGAUAAAAAACGUACCUGCGACCAGUGCGUUCAGGAUAUCAACUGUUUUUGGUGCUCAUCAAACGUUACGAACACUCCCCAUUGUCGUCCCAGGGCUGAACUGUCUGAUUGCAAUGUAAACGAUAUCGAGAAUCCACAGCUUGUUUUUAGUGUUGUUGACAGUUUGGAUUUGAGUGAUGCACAGCAAAUUAAGCCGCAGAAGGUGCGGAUUAAGCUUAGGAAGAACGAGAGGUUUAGCGUUGAUUUUCAGUAUAGACAGAGCGCAAAUUAUCCAAUAGAUCUUUACUAUCUAAUGGACCUGUCGAACUCCAUGAAACCCUCGAAAAAUACCCUCUCGCAGCUCGGCUCAGAGUUAGCAAACAAAAUGAGAGAGAAAACGAAAAAUUUCACGAUGGGCUUCGGUACUUUUGUGGAUAAAGUCACCUUACCGUUUGUUAAUACUUUUGAUGGGGCGCUAGAGGCGCCUUGCCAGGGCUGCGCCCCCCCGUUUAGUUUCCACAACGAUUUGCCCCUCACUAAUGACGAUAACGUUUUUACAAGGAAAGUGGACGAGGCCGUCAUGUCUGGAAACCUGGAUACGCCCGAGGGCGGGCUGGAUGCCAUAAUGCAAGCGAUCGCUUGUAAGGAUGAGAUCGGUUGGAGAUCGAACGCACGACAUCUUCUAGUAAUGUCCACGGAUGCGGUAUCCCAUAUCGCGGGUGACGGUAAACUCGGCGGUGUAAUCGAACCCAAUGACAUGAAAUGCCAUUUAACUAACAACAUUUACACUGAAGGUUUAAAGUUUGACUAUCCCUCGGUAUCUCAAAUCAAUUAUAUGUCGAAAAAGAAGGACAUCUACAUCAUUUUCGCGAUAGUGGAACGACCGGAAAAAAAAGGACUUUUCGAACAUUACGAGGCGAUGUCCACGAUGAUCGCUAAUUCGUACGCGAGAAAACUGAAAAAGAAUUCCCACGAUGUGGUCGAUGUCAUUUCGACCAUUUAUGAUAGCAUCACCAGUUCAGUGACCAUAACCUCAGAUACGGACGAGGACGUGAGCGUCAUGAUAAACUCAACAUGUAAAGACUUCAGCAGAUCCACUUGCACCCAAAUCAAACCGGGACAAACAAUAAAAUUUUCCGCCAUUAUCGAGCCUCAAAGUUGCACCAAAGACGGUCCGAACAAGAAAACGAUAACGAUUAAACCGGAGGGUCUGGCGGACAGUUUAACCGUAGAACUGGAGGUUUUAUGUGACUGCAAUUGUGACCAAAAAGAACCGGAACCCAGUGAGAAUUGCAAACAUGGCGCGUUACAGUGCGGAAUUUGUCAAUGCGAACCGAAUAGUUACGGGGAAUUUUGUCAGUGUACGGGCAAUUCGACUUCGCAAAUGGAUGACGAUCCCGCUCCGUGUACACCUGCAGGAGCAGUGGAAUGUUCUGGGCACGGCAAAUGUAAAUGCGGCGAGUGUCAUUGCGAACCGCAAUUUUCCGGGCAAUUUUGCGAGUGCGACAGCGACAGCUGUAGCAAGACCUGCCUGGAACACGGAACCUGCGAUUGCGGCGUGUGUAAAUGCAAAAGCGGUUGGACCGGUCCUGAUUGCACUUGUCCGACGGACCAAUCCACUUGCUACGCCCCUGGUUCCAAAGAACUUUGCUCUGGCCACGGCAAGUGCGAAUGCGGAGAUUGCACCUGCGAACCCGACGAAAAGUAUCAGUAUUCCGGGAAGUUUUGUAAUGAUUGUCUUGGAUGUUCCAGUUGUGACGAGUUAAAAGAUUGCGUAGAGUGCCAAGUGUACAAGUCAGGAAAGUUGGAAAAACUCGAGGAUUGUGAAUCGAACUGUACCGCUUUUAACACGAGCACGGUGCCGAAACUACCCGAGACCGUCCCCGAGGACUUUAUCAGGUGCCAAAAUCAAAAGGUGCCCCAUAAGCCCAAUUGUCUCUUUGAUUUUGAUUACGUUUACUCAGACGACAGGAAAAAUGUCAUUAUUGUGGCCGCAGAGAAUAUGGAUUGUUUUGAACCGCAACCAUUAUACAUUGUCAUAGCAGAGGUGAUCGGCUCGAUUUUACUAAUCGGAAUCCUCACAUUGAUCAUAUGGAAAAUUGUGACGACCGUGCACGAUAAGAGAGAGUACGCGCGAUUUUUAAACGAGAAGAAUAACACGAGAUGGAACGCUAAUGAGAAUCCCCUGUACAAACCAGGAACGAGCCACUUUCGCAAUCCGGUCUAUAACAGGGUGAGCCAGAGGAUUUCGAUGGCUUUGGCGAAGAAGAAACCGGAACAAAGUAUCGAAUAAUAUGGCUUUGGAACAAUUAAAGACGUUUAGUUAGUCGGAAUGUUGUAGGAAGAACUGUUGUUGUAACCUGUGAUAAUAAAUACAUUUUUAAAAUUA